UAUACCCAAAUAUACCGUAGUCGGUAGUAGCGCCAUCUGCUGCUCUGGCAUUUACUUCCGACAAAGAAAUGUCAAAGGUUAAAUGUAAAUCGCAAAAGUAAUCAAGUAAUCAGUGAUAGGGUACAAACGAAGUGAUUAAUAAAUGAUUCGGAGCUAAUGAGUUACCAUUUCGACUCCAGGUAACUCACAAAUAAACAAAUCAUCGAAAAUGCUUGAAAGUACAACGCAUUACUGCUACUACGCCAACACUGAUACUGAUACUCUGAGAGAAAGAGAAAUCGAUGAAGAUGAAUUCAUUUCUGAAGACGGUCAACUCAAUGACGAACAAAAGAAGUGGGCUUGUCAGAGAAUCGCUUCAAAAGUUAUUAAACAGCACCGUGAUGGAAAUGCAAAAUGCUCCUGGUAUAGAAGACAACGGAACAAUUGGCAACUGCGAUGAAAGUAUGAGCCUUUGUUCAGUUUUAGAAGCGAUUUUUCUCCAUGGACUAAAAGACAGUCUGUUAAAUCGAGUUACGGAAGUAUUGAGCGGCCCAGACUUCGAUGCAGUGCCUCAACCAAGCUUCUGGGGUCCUUUGCUAGUAUUCUCCCACAGGCAAAUCAUAGAUCAUAUUCAAGGCUUGGCUCAACUUACUACGGAAGUAGGCUACUGCAGAGCUUGGAUAAGAUUAGCUCUAAACGAAGGCCUGUUAGCCAGUUACCUGUGCUCUAUACGUAGGGACAAUUCUGCAUUGAAACCUUAUUACAAUAAAUCGGCAUUUAUCAGAGACAGCGAUUUCGUGGAAGUAGCGCAACGGUUAAUCGAGAGUUUAGAUCGCGUGAAUUUUCAGCUGGCCUGCAAUACUAGUUUAUUAAACUUCUGGUCAACUACUCCUCUGUUGUUAGCCGGAAUAUGGUCGCCGCCAAUGAAGUCCUGCCCUGUUUUUAGUGCUGUCGAUAUUGCUAAAACUAUAACCACAGUGAUAACAGAUGAAGAGAACCUAGAUGAAGUGGAAACAGCCAGCUCUAUAGGCAGUUUGAGCUCUUUCAACUCCUCUCAGUAUGGUCUUAAUAAUAUAACAGAGGAUGAAGCAUUGAAAAUCAUAUUGGCUAACAAGAAAUCGAAUAAUACUGUUGAACAGCGGCUAAUGAUGAAUAACGCCAGACAUACUCCACCUCUGAAGGAAGAAACAGAACAAGAUGUGCAACGUGGAGAAGAGGGCCGGGAUAAUGAUAACAGUCCGAAAAAUAUUCAUACGGAUACCAAAAUUGAGAAUAAUUCUGUCGCUUCAAACGUUUGCGAAGGAAACAUUGUGGAAGCUAAUGGAUCUUCAAACGAACAAGUCAAUAACGGGUCUCACGAUGUAGCAACUACAGUUGGUAACUCGUUAAUUGGAAGAGUAGGCUGGUCGACGUCUUUCGAGGAUUGUGAAUCCUCUUUAACUGCCUCUAUGAUUUCUCGAGACUCGGAUGCUCCUCGUACACCAGCUGAUGGACCAACUUAUGAUGCGAUUAUUCAGAGUUAUCAUAACGGUGGAAACUCUUCCAUACCGGAUCUAGAGGAGUUCUUGAAGAAAUAUCCUAAGAAGGAGGAAGCUAUUGAUGAAACUAGAACUCAAGUGGAUAGUAAGGUUGAAAUAAACUUUGAUGAACAGCUUGGUAAGCUUCCCAGAGAAAAAGGCUUAGACAUUCAAAACUAUAGCUGCUUCGACUGCGGUCACGCCAUUGGUAUGACCUUCUCCAAGGCUUAUGUCUGCUCCUUCUCCAGUUAUUACUAUUGUUCCACCUGCAUGUCUGAAAAUGAGUACUUGAUCCCAUCCAGAAUCAUUCACAAUUGGGAACUCAGGCACUGUCCUGUUUCAAAUAAAGCUGCAGCUUAUUUAGAAAAUUGUCCGAAACUAUUGGACUUAAAAGUAUUGAAUCCGAAGAUUUACAGUGUCGUGGACACUAUGGCUCAAUUGCAAUGUUUGAGGAUACAAUUGAACUUGUUGAGAGCCUAUUUGUUCACCUGCCGCGAGCCGAUAAUCGAGUCGUUGCAGAAAAAGGUCGCACCAAGGGAUUAUCUCUACGAACAUAUUCAUCAAUAUUCUGUCUCGGAUCUCUUUGAUAUCCCUAGCGGCGCUCUGGUACAACAACUGCAAAAAGUCGUGCAGUUUGCCAGAAAUCAUGUCAUCAAUUGCUGGCUGUGCAGUCAAAAAGGUUUCAUAUGCGAGAUUUGUAAUAAUCCGAAGGUCAUCUACCCUUUCGAUGUAGAAACAACAUACAGGUGUGGAGCUUGCAACGCAGUAUUUCACUCGGAUUGCUUAAAUGCUAGCAAACCGUGUCCAAAGUGUGAAAGAAGGCGCAAAAGAAUGGACCUUCCAUUACUGGACGUUGGAUGUACAUAAUUAUCAAUACAAACAAAGAAGUACAUAUUAUUAAUUUAACAACAAGCUAUGUACAAUAAUAUUAACACUCACUUGUAAAUAAUUAUUCAAUCAAUAAUUGUACAAAUUACUGUGUUUGAUAAACACUGAUUUUGAUCUGGACGAUCGACUUCGAUUUGGGUAAUCUUCGAGUUUUUACGAAAAAAUGAAUUCACCUGUUUGUGUAAAAAGAAUAAUAGAUAAAAUAUAAAAUGUAAA